AUGUCAGACAACCAGUAUGACAAGGGCGGGCUGGGCCUCUCUUGUCCCGAAGGCGGCCACUUCUACAUCUGUGAGGGGGAUGCCACAGAGUUCAUCGGAUGCUGCAACUCAAACCCCUGCGGCGACAAUGACGGCAACUGUCCUACAAGCGACCUCCGCGUCUCCUCCUUCUCGUCCAACCGCUACGCCAACAUACCCGCCCAGAGCUGCGAUGAUGCCCGCGGGGCUCGCAUCUGGUGGACGUGCCGGGACAACAAGCCGCCCUUCCUGGGCUGCUGCGCCAGCAACCCUUGCGGCGAGGGCUGCCCGCAGGAUCACCUCAUCGCCGCCGUCCUGUCGCCCAGCGAUGACGACCGGCUGCCGUUCCUGCCGUCGCCAGCAACAACGACAUCGGCUUCUACCCCGCCCGCCUCUUCAUCGACUUCGAGCCCAAGCGGCGGGGCCGAGAGCGGCGGCUCGUCAAGGCUGUCGAGCGGUGCCAUUGCCGGCAUCGCGAUCGGCGCCGCCGCAGGGAUCGCUAUCCUAGCCGUCGUCAUCUGGGCUUGCUUUCGACGCGCAUGGAAGAGUCGAGAGGAGGGCCACACGGAACAACACACGUUCAGCCCGGAAAUGGCAUCUCAAAGUCCGCCCUUUGAUAAGACUCGACAAUCUCACCUCAGCUACGCAACAACAGCAAUACCGCCCUCAUACGACUCGACACCCGGCUCGCCAGAGGGACAGUUCCAGGAUGCGCAUCAUAUGCAUUCGCCGACCUCGACGUCUCGGACCUACUCGCCCUAUAGCCAGCACAAAGAUGUCGAGCAUACGCAUUCGCGCCACAUUAGUGUUGUAUCCGGCGUGUCUGCCUUGUCUGGCGGCAUCGAGUCGAAUCUGAACACCGUGUCGGAGAUUGACGGCAUUGAGAGGCAGGCGCCCGUCGUUGAACUGCCGGCUGAUGAAGCGCCGCCGAACACGCAGGUUUCGUCGUCGCCGUCGCCGCCGCUGGGGUCACCAGGGUGGCAUUCGUCAAGGGGGGUGGAGGCGCCGGGGAGUCCGGGGCGGUGGACGACGAGGUAA